GCAGAGCACGGUGCAGCCCUCGCUGCGGCGGCGGCCCAGCCGGCAGCGCUAGGACCCCGCGGGCUGCGGCGCGGUGACAAGUCGGAGCGCAGGAGCGCAGCUCCGUCAGCUGGGCUGGAUUCCUGCGUCCCUGUGCCGGAGCAUCCUCCGCCGGAACGGAGCUCUCUGCCCUCUCGCUGCGACCCGGUGGAGCGCGGCCGGGCCCGAGGAGAUCGGCCGCAGCCUGAAAGCCCGCGCCGCGCCGCCGCCAGCCAUGAGCUGAGGCCAUUAUUUAGGAAUCAUAAUACAUCGCUAGGAUAAAGGGCGACGGCGGCCGCAGCAUGGCCCAGAGCAAGAGGCACCCGCACGGCCGGGCAUCCAGCGCCGGCCCCAGGAUGAGCGCGGAAGCGAGCAGCAAGCCCCUGAAGGUGGGCUCCAGAGUGGAGGUCAUCGGGAAGGGGCACCGUGGGACCGUGGCCUACGUCGGGGCCACCCUGUUUGCCACGGGCAAGUGGGUCGGGGUCAUCUUGGACGAAGCCAAGGGCAAGAACGAUGGCACCGUGCAGGGCAGGAAAUACUUCACCUGCGAGGAGAACCACGGCAUCUUCGUGCGGCAGUCGCAGAUCCAGGUUUUUGAAGAUGGAGCUGACACCACGUCCCCAGAGACCCCGGAGUCGGCCGCGCUGAAGGUCCCCAAGCGAGAUUCCCUGGACGCCUCCAAAGGCAGCAAACUGCCCACCCGGACCCCCACCUCCGCCGCCUCCAGCGGCACAGCGGGGCCCUCGGGGUCGGCCUCGGCCUCGGGCGGGGAGAUGAGCAGCAGCGAGCCCAGCACGCCCGCCCAGACGCCGCUGGUGGGCCCCGUCAUCCCGUCCCCCUCGCUGACCUCACCGGUGGCACCCAUGGUCCCUUCACCCACCAAGGAGGAAGAAAACCUGCGUUCCCAAGUCAGGGACCUGGAGGAGAAGUUGGAGACUCUGAAGAUAAAGCGCAAUGAAGACAAAGCCAAGCUGAAAGAGCUGGAGAAGUACAAGAUCCAGCUGGAGCAGGUGCAGGAGUGGAAGAGCAAGAUGCAGGAGCAGCAGGCAGACCUGCAGAAACGGUUAAAGGAGGCCAAGAAGGAAGCCAAGGACGCGCUGGAAGCCAAGGAGCGCUACAUGGAGGAGAUGGCCGACACCGCCGACGCCAUUGAAAUGGCAACCCUGGACAAGGAGAUGGCAGAGGAGCGGGCAGAGUCCCUGCAGCAGGAGGUGGACUCUUUGAAGGAGAAGGUGGAAUACCUCACCAUGGACCUGGAGAUCCUGAAGCACGAGAUCGAAGAGAAAGGCUCGGACGGAGCAGCGUCCAGUUACCAGGUCAAGCAGCUGGAGGAGCAAAACGCGAGGCUGAAGGAAGCUCUCGUGAGGAUGCGGGACCUCUCUGCGUCGGAGAAGCAGGAACACGUGAAGCUCCAGAAGCAGAUGGAGAAGAAAAACACGGAGCUGGAGUCGCUGCGGCAGCAGAGGGAGAAGCUGCAGGAGGAGGUGAAGCAAGCGGAGAAAACGGUCGAUGAGCUGAAGGAGCAGGAAGCCAUGAACGAGAUGAACGACGAGCUGCAGGAGAACGCCCGCGAGACCGAGCUGGAGCUGCGGGAGCAGCUGGACAUGGCCACGGCGCGCGUGCGCGAGGCGGAGAAACGCGUGGAGGCCGCCCAGGAGACCGUGGCCGAUUACCAGCAAACCAUCAAGAAGUACCGGGAGCUGACGGCGCACCUGCAGGACGUGAACCGGGAGCUCAUGAGUCAGCAGGAAGCGUCUGCAGAGAAGCAGCAGCAGCCUCCCCCCGAGAUGUUUGACUUCAAGAUCAAGUUUGCAGAGACAAAGGCCCACGCGAAGGCGAUCGAGAUGGAGCUGCGGCAGAUGGAGGUGCAGCAAGCCAACCGGCACGUCUCCCUGCUCACCUCCUUCAUGCCGGACAGCUUCCUGCGCCACGGCGGGGACCACGACUGCAUCCUGGUGCUGCUGCUCAUCCCGCGGCUCAUCUGCAAGGCGGAGCUGAUCAGCAAACAGGCACAGGAGAAGUUCGAGCUGAACGAGAACUGCGCGGCGCGCACGGGGCUGCGGGGCGCAGCGGGAGAGCAGCUGAGCUUCGCCGCGGGGCUGGUGUACUCGCUGAGCCUGCUGCAGGCCACGCUGCACAAAUACGAGCAAGCCCUGAACAAAUGCAGCGUGGAGGUGUACAAGAAGGUGGGGAUGCUGUACCCCGAGAUGAGCGUGCACGAGCGCUCCCUGGACUUCCUGAUCGAGCUGCUGCACAAGGACCAGCUGGACGAGACGGUCAACGUGGAGCCGCUGACCAAAGCCAUCAAGUACUACCAGCACCUGUACAGCAUCCACCUGGCCGAGCAGGCUGAGGACUGCACCAUGCAGCUGGCCGACCACAUCAAGUUCACCCAGAGUGCCUUGGACUGCAUGGGGGUGGAGGUGUGCAGGCUGCGCGCCUUCCUGCAGGCCGGGCAGGAGGCGUCCGACCUCGCCAUCCUCCUCAAGGACCUGGAGACCUCGUGCAGCGACGUCCGGCAGUUCUGCAAGAAGAUCCGGCGCCGCAUGCCGGGCACGGACGCGCCGGGCAUCCCGGCAGCGCUGGGCUUCGGGCAGCAGGUGUCGGACACGCUGCUGGACUGCCGCAAGCACCUCACCUGGGUGGUGGCCGUGCUGCAGGAGGUGGCCGCUGCCGGCGCGCAGCUCAUCGCCCCACUGGCCGAGAACGAGGGGCUGCAGGCGGUGAAGCUGGAGGACCUGGCCUUCAAAGCCAGCGAGCAGAUCUACGGCACUCAGGGCAUCAACCCCUACGAGUGCCUGCGCCAGUCCUGCAGCAUCCUCAUCGCCACCAUGAACAAGAUGGCCACGGCCAUGCAGGAGGGAGAAUACGACGCCGACCGGCCGCAGAGCAAGCCCACCCCCCCCGCCGACCUGCGGGCGGCCGCUCUUCGGGCUGAGAUCACCGACGCCGAGGGGCUGGGGCUGAAGCUGGAGGACAGGGAGACCGUCAUCAAGGAGCUGAAGAAGUCCCUCAAGAUCAAGGGCGAGGAGCUCAGCGAAGCCAACGUGCGCCUCAGCCUCCUGGAGAAGAAGCUGGACAGCGCGUCCAAGGACGCCGACGACCGCGUGGAAAAGAUACAGACGAAGCUGGAUGAGACCCAAACACUGCUCAAGAAGAAGGAGAAGGAGUUUGAGGAGACCAUGGACGCCCUGCAGGCCGACAUCGACCAGCUGGAGUCGGAGAAGGUGGAGCUGAAGCAGCGGCUGAACAACCAGUCCAAGCGCACCAUCGAGGGGCUGCGCGGGGCCCCCGCCUCCGGGGUUGCCUCCAUCGUGUCCGGCAUCGCAGGAGAGGAACAGCAGCGAGGUGUGGGUGCCGGGCAGGCGGCCGGGGGCGGCGCGGGGCCGGUGCAGGUGAAGGAUUCCCCCCUGCUCCUGCAGCAAAUCGAAGCGCUGCAGCUCUCCAUCAGGCACCUGAAGAACGAGAACAACCGCCUCAAGGGCACGCAGAUGAAGCUGGAGCUGGCCGGGCUGAAGCCACUGCAGGUGGCCAAGGUCUCCCUCCCGCAGACAAAGCAGGGCGAGGGCCCGGCCGCGCUCACGCUGUACCGCAAGAGCACGCAGCUGCUGGAGACCCUGUACCAGAUGAGCACCAACGCCAAGGUGGUGGACACCAAGCAGACCAAGUCAGGACGCAGCGCGGCCGCGCGGCUGCUGGAGCAGACAGCCCGGCUGUGGGCCAUGAAGGGCAGCAUCGAGGCGCUGCGGGACGAGGCCAUGCGGGAGAUGGUGCAGCAGCAGCCGGGCGCCGGCGUCCCCACCAGCUUCGGCGUGUUCCCCUCCUCCUCCUUCCUGAAGGCGCAGCGCGAGAAGGAGCAGGGCUUGACGCGUUUCGGCCGCGUGUCCAUCCCGUGCGCACCGGGACAGGGCCGGGAGCAGCGCGUGCUGCUCACCCCGGAGCUGCUGCUCCAGCUCCAGCGGCACUUCGUGGCGUAGGGCCCCCCCCGAGCACCGCGUGUCCCCCCCCGGCGGGGUAACGCCCCGUCCCCCCCUGCCACCCAAUAAAGCCUCGUGCAGCCACGCG